AUGGACAGUCCGUGUGAGUCGGAGAGCUCACUCGACGGGGGUGCAAUGCUCCCGCCGAGCCCGGUUUCGCGGGAACAGCUGCAAAAACGAAUCGAAAGUCUCACGCAACAAAACAAGGUGCUUAAGGUAGAACUAGAAACGUAUAAAAUUCGUGUUAAAGUAAUCCAAGAGGAGAACCGGUCCCUACGUCAAGCGUCAGUUAUCAUCCAAGCGAAGGCUGAGCAGGAAGAGGAGUACAUCUCGAACACGCUGCUUAAGAAAAUACAAGCGCUGAAAAAGGAAAAGGAAACGCUUGCCCACCAUUAUGAGCGCGAGGAGGAAUGUCUCACGAACGAUUUGUCACGUAAGCUGGACCAGCUGCGGCAGGAAAAGUGUAAACUUGAGCAAACGCUCGAACAGGAGCAGGAGUGUCUAGUUAACAAGCUGAUGCGCAAGAUAGAGAAGCUGGAGGCGGAAACGUCUGCGAAGCAGAACCAUCUCGAGCAGCUGAGACGUGAAAUGGUCGAGCUGGAAAAUACGCUCGAGCAGGAGCAGGAAGCGCUCGUCAACAAGCUCUGGAAGCGUAUGGAUAAGCUGGAAGCGGAGAAACGUUCGCUCCAGAUCAAACUAGAUCAGCCGGUGUCUGAUCCAACCAGUCCAAAAGAAAUGGAAAAUGGCAACGACACUGCCACACAGUUGACGGCGCACAUCACGAAUUUGCGCUCGGAAGUAGACCAGCUGCGUAGCAAUCUGGCAGCGGCCGAGAAAGAAAGCAAGGAAAAGACGCAACAGUUCGCGCACGACGAAAAGUGCAUACGCGAGGAAAACAAGCGUUUGCAGCGCAAACUGCAACAGGAGGUCGAACGGCGCGAGGCACUUUCGCGGCAUCUGUCCGAGUCGGAAUCGUCCCUAGAGUUUGAAGACGAACGGCUGUUCAACGAGAACGUGUCGGCUUUGGCCAGCCAACGGCCCAUCAGCCCCGGGGGACUGACGCGUUGCAUUGCGUGCGGUCAGCUGGUGAGUCGACGGGCUAGCGAGCGGUUUAUUAAACCAGCUAUACCAAUAGGACUGAACACAUCCGCACCGAACGUGCUUUCCUCGCACUCAACCUCCGCCGGCGGUGGGGGUGGAAGUCUGUUUCCGCUGCUUGGUGGUGGCAGCGGCGCCAGUACCGGUGGCGUUGGUGCCGGUUCGCUCAACAGUAGCAUCGGUUCGUCGAACUCGAACAACACUAGUAGUAAUAUCUCUUUCACCGGCAAUUCGUCCUUCGUGCAACCGGCCAGUCCAAUGGAUACCUCCAUGUGCAAAGAUUAA